GGAAGUUGCCUGUGGGCUGAGACGACAUUGUACCGGUGUGAAUAUGGCAGGAGCUGACGGCGACGAUUCGCUUUAUCCCAUUGCGGUGCUCAUCGAUGAGCUGAGGAAUGAGGACGUGCAGCUACGCCUCAACAGCAUCAAGAAGUUAUCCACCAUUGCCCUAGCAUUGGGUGUUGAAAGAACCAGGACUGAACUUUUGCCAUUCCUUACAGAUACUAUAUAUGAUGAGGAUGAGGUUCUUUUGGCACUCGCAGAACAACUGGGAAGCUUCACCAGUCUUGUGGGUGGUUCAGAGUUUGUUCACUGUCUUCUGCCCCCAUUGGAAAGCCUGGCAACUGUUGAAGAGACAGUAGUUCGUGACAAGGCAGUGGAAUCGUUGAGGAAUAUCUCUAAUGAACAUUCUCCCGUUGAUCUUGAAGCCCACUUUGUACCGUUGGUGAAACGUCUGGCCAGUGGAGAUUGGUUCACUUCUCGUACAUCUGCUUGCGGCCUUUUCAGUGUCUGCUAUCCCAGGGUGUCUAGUACAGUCAAAGCAGAAAUAAGGCAACAUUUUCGCAAUCUGUGUUCAGAUGACACUCCUAUGGUGCGCCGUGCAGCUGCUUCCAAACUAGGAGAAUUUGCCAAAGUCCUUGAGCUCGAGUAUGUCAAGAAUGACCUCAUUCCUCUAUUUACCAAUCUGGCUUCAGAUGAACAGGACUCUGUGCGUCUCUUGGCAGUGGAAGCAUGUGUAAGUAUUGCUCAGUUACUGCCUGAAGAAGACCUGGAAGCGCUUGUGAUGCCAACUUUACGCCAAGCCACAGAGGACAAAUCAUGGCGUGUCCGCUACAUGGUUGCAGACAAGUUUUCAGAGCUCCAGAAAGCAGUUGGACCAGAGAUUACUAAAAAUGACCUUGUCCCAGCCUUUCAGAACUUGCUUAAAGAUUGUGAAGCUGAAGUGCGGGCAGCUGCUGCUCAUAAAGUUAAAGAAUUCUGUGAAAACUUGCCAGCUGAUGGAAGAGAGACCAUUAUAAUGAGUCAUAUUUUACCUUACGUUAAGGAAUUGGUUUCUGACACAAACCAGCAUGUGAAAUCAGCCUUGGCCUCUGUAAUCAUGGGAUUAUCCACAAUUUUGGGCAAAGAUAAUACAAUUGAACACCUCCUUCCUCUCUUCCUGGCCCAGUUGAAAGAUGAGUGCCCAGAAGUGCGCCUGAACAUCAUAUCUAAUUUGGACUGUGUGAAUGAAGUGAUCGGCAUCCGCCAGCUUUCUCAGUCCCUGCUUCCCGCUAUAGUGGAGUUGGCUGAGGAUACAAAGUGGAGAGUGCGGCUGGCAAUCAUUGAGUACAUGCCAUUACUUGCUGGGCAGCUGGGUGUGGAGUUUUUUGAUGAAAAGCUGAAUUCCUUGUGUAUGGCUUGGUUGGUUGAUCAUGUCUAUGCUAUCCGAGAAGCUGCAACCAAUAAUCUUAUGAAGCUGGUGGAAAAGUUUGGCGCUGAAUGGGCCCAGAACACCAUUGUUCCCAAGGUUCUUGCUAUGGCAAAUGAUCCCAACUACCUGCAUCGAAUGACAACCCUCUUCUGUGUCAAUGCCCUGUCUGAGGCAUGUGGAAAGGAAAUAACCACCAAGCUGAUGCUCCCAAUUGUGCUAAAAAUGGCCGCUGACCAGGUAGCAAAUGUGCGAUUCAAUGUGGCCAGAUCCCUACAACGAAUAGGUCCAGUGCUGGAUGGAACAACAUUGCAAUCCGAUGUCAAACCCAUUCUGCUGAAGCUGGGACAGGAUGAAGACAUGGAUGUGAAAUACUUUGCGCAGGAAGCAAUGACUGUACUUGCCUUGGCAUAAAGAAGAUGGAAGAAACCCGGCCCCCGCUCUUUGUUCUCUAUGAAUUUGGAAACAACCUUUAGAGACCUCAUGGAUACAAAUGGCAACUACUGUUGGAAGACCACAUUCCCACACAUGUGCCUCUUCUGGAAAAAACAAACUUUUUUUAAGAAUUAUUUAUGCGUUUUCUGUUACUGUUUAUUUGCUUAUUGAUAGGAAAGUCUUCUUUUUACUGGUGGCUGUGUAUCAUCUAAGGUGUUUUUGGUGAUGGUGAAAGUUGCCUGGGCACAAAACCGACUAACUUGAACAUAAGACUGCAGCAGGCUGCACCUGCUAUAUCCAUAACUGCUUCAAUCUGUAACUGUCUUGAAAAGUGAUGCUAGCAGUUUGUUUUUUUUUAAUUGUAUUGAGUCAAGUAGAGGAGGGUUAGGCCUGAUAUGUGCGCUCACAUGGAAUAGCAACUCUCUAUUGAAUUUCCAGCCCAUCUAUUGGCCAGCUUGCAGAAGACAUCUUCAGUUAUUCAUUCUAGAAUGCACGUUUGUCUGGCAUGGGAAAGACUAAAAGAAUGCAGAGAUCCUCAUAUAACAGUGCUUGUGGCAGAUAGUCAAGGACUUGCAUCUAGCGACCCUGGUUUAAAUUUCAUUUCUGUUUUGCCUGGAAAAGGUCAAUGUCCUUUUUAACCUUAAAAGUUAAAGGAUGCUGCAACAUGAAUGAAAUAGUUACUAUUUUCUUUCAAUUUAAAUAGUUUUUAUAUGGCAAGAUUGGGUGGAAUAUAGAGCAGAUGAGCACAAAUUUUAGGUUCUAAUUCAAUUUACUGCCUCCAUAGGGGUCACAAAGGCAUUCCCUCAUAGUGUAUAUUGCUGUUCUGCUUUGCACUCUUAUCAGCUGUAGAAAUUGUUAUGUAUGUGCCCAGUGAAAAGAAAUAAAGAUUAAAUCUGUG